AUGAAGAAGCGAUUACAUCGAUCUGUUGGUUGUUUUGGAUUUAGAUCUAUUCGUAUUUUUUCAAACUCAGCGAUUACCAGUAAAAAGCUGCAAUCCAAAAAUCCCCCUAUUCAGAACUGUGAUCCAGACCCCAAAACGUAUAACAAAGGACAAAAUUUACCAGCGUCUAGUGAUUAUGACCUGAUUUUAAGUACUGUAGUAAAAGAAAAUGAUGUCUCAUGUUCCACUUCUCAAGUAACCAAUACUAGAGCGCACAAUAGUAAUUUAUCACACACAAAAACUAGCAACGUCGAGGAAAAUGGAAAAUACUUAGUGUUUGGUGGUAAAGUUUCUGAACCUCGUGCUCCACGUAUUUUUAAUGUCAGAAAACAACAACCGAUGGAAUUUCAAUCUCGUACACUCAGUCCUUUCGAUAAUCAAGAUGUACAUGAAUCAUUGCAAAGAAAUUUUAUCCUUAACUGCUCAUCUGUUUCAGCAUUGAAGCACAACUCUUCUGAAACAAGAAAGACUGAUGAUUUCGAUCCACAAUUCGAAAAACAAUUAAAUAAUGGUAGUAGACAUUGUGACCUAAAUAAUGAUGUAUCAGAAGGUAUUCACAAUUACUUAUUGAAUUCUCCAUCCUGUACAAAUUUACUAAACACUGUGACUGCUAAAUGUUCAGAUAAAAAGUUGAUUUCCAAGUCUUACCGUCUUGAAAUUCCUACACAAAGGCCAAAUCAUCCUCUAAAACUUUCUCCAUCUUUUAUGGAAUCAAAUUCAAAGAAAAUUGUUAAUGAUUCUUCGCGUCAUGAAUCAAAGCAUCCAUCUAGUUUCCUAUUUGCUAAUGAACAAAAAGAAAUGGUUGAGGAAUUACAAGCAACAAGAAUUAUUCUUUUGAAACUGAGACGUUUAUUAAUCGAGAUUCCGAUUUCGGGAAAUAAUCUUUAUUCUCCAACUUUCAAACCAACAAAUCUAUGCAACAACUCUUUGCAUUCCCUCAACUUUACCAUGUGUCAUUGUGAUGUAAAUCAAAGUCGAUUUCCAUUUGUUCCCUCAAUUACCGAAGAUAAUCGACUAAUACCCUCUCUCUCUAACAAAUCAGUCAAUAGAACUGGUCUUGAAGAGCUUAUUGAUAGCCUUGCACAGCUUCACUUUGAAAAAUCAGAAAUUCUAUGCGCUACCUAA